AUGGUCAACAAGGCAGCUGCCAAGCUCCGCGCCCAGCUCGCAGACGAGAACAAGCUGAUUGUGUGCCCUGGCGUGCAAGACGGUCUCUCUGCAAGAGUAUGCCUGGACGAAGGGUUCGAGAAUCUGUACAUGACCGGUGCAGGCACAGCCAUCUCCGUCCUAGGCAUGCCCGACCUCGGCAUCGCAACAGCCGACGACAUGGUCCGCAACGCCGCCAUGAUCGCCAGCCUGGACCGUAACGUCCCCGUCAUCGCAGACGCAGACACAGGCUACGGCGGGCCCGUCAUGGUCGCCAGGACAGUCGAGCGCUACAUCCAAGCCGGCGUAGCAGCCCUCCACAUAGAAGACCAAGCCACGACCAAGCGCUGCGGCCACCUGAUGGGCAAAGAGCUCGUCGACGAGACCACCUACACUGCCCGCAUCCGCGCCGCCCACGCCGCCCGCCAGGCCGCCGCCGACGACAUCGUCCUCAUCGCCCGCACCGACGCCCUGCAGUCCCUGGGCUACGAAGCCGCCCUCCACCGCCUCCGCCUGGCCGUGCAGGCCGGCGCCGACGUUGUGUUCCUGGAGGGCAUGCGCACCCUGGACCAGGUGCGCGACAGCGUGCGCGCUCUGGCCCCGACGCCGUGUCUGCUGAACAUGGUCGCUGGUGGCGUGACGCCCUUGGUCUCGGCCGAGGAGGCGCGGGCGAUGGGCUACCGGAUUGUCAUCUGGCCGUGUUUUUCCAUGACUGCCGCCAUCCUUGCCUAUCGGGAGACGGCCAAGGAGCUUCGGAGCACGGGCAUGGUGGCGGAGAGGAAGGACGAGAAGGGGAACGUGAGGGGUGGUGUGAGGGAGUGUUUUGAGGUGUGUGGGCUGAACAAGUAUGCUGCCUUUGACAAGGAGAUGGGAGGUCAGGCUUUUGCCAACGGGGUCUAG